AACCGUCCAACUCAACUCCUCAUUAUUCCACGUACCCAAAGAAAAACAUCCCCCACCCAAAAAAAAAAAAAAUCCGCGCAGCUGCAAAGGCGAGCGGAGCUCUCAAUCGAGCAGCGGUUCCACUUCUAGAAGCUUCUUAAUCACGCGGGAGGAAGGAGAGGGGAAGCCGGCGGCGGCGGCGGCGGUGGGGUUCGCCUGCGCGCGGCGAUGUCGUCCGCCAAGUCGACGAGGUCGCGCCCAGCCGGGCACUCCGGCGUGCUGCCGGUGAACGCUACGGCCGGAGGCGGCGACGGCGGGGUGCCUCUCGCCGACAAGAUGAAGAUCUUCAAGACCGACAACUUCGACCCCGACGCGUACGUGCAGUCCAAGUGCCACGCCAUGAACGAGAAGGAAAUAAGACACCUCUGUUCUUAUCUGCAAGACCUAAAGAAGGCUUCUUCUGAAGAGAUGCGUAGAAGUGUUUAUGCGAAUUAUGCUGCAUUCAUAAGAACAUCAAAGGAGAUAUCAGACCUUGAAAGGGAGCUGCUAUCUGUCAGAAAUCUGCUAAGUACACAGUCAGCUCUAAUUCGUGGUCUAUCUGAAGGGGUUCAUAUUGAUUCCUUGACUACAGGGUCUGAAGGCUCUGCAGAAGAGGGGACAGAUGAAGACCAGGAGCCCUCAGAAAUACAAAACUGGUGCACAGAUUUCCCUGAGAUGCUUGAUGUUUUGCUAGCUGAGAGAAGAGUGGAUGAAGCAUUGGAUGCUUUGGAUGAAGCAGAACGUGUCGUUGCUGAUGAAAAACAGAAACAGACACUCACCACAGCUGACAUUCUGGCCGUGAAGAGGGCUAUCUCUGAUAAUCGUCUGAAAUUGGCAAAUCAGCUAGCAGAAGCUGCUUGCCAGUCUUCUACUCGUGGCGUUGAACUUCGUGCUUCAGCUUCUGCUCUCAAGAGACUCGGUGAUGGACCCCGUGCUCAUAGUUUGUUGCUUAGUGCACACAACCAGAGGCUUCAAUGCAGCAUGCAAACUAUACAUCCGUCUAGCACAUCACACAGUGGGGCAUACACUGCAUCUCUUGCACGGCAAGUUUUUUCUGUUAUAGCCCAGGCUCUCAGUGACUCUUUAGAACUGUUUGGUGAUGAACCGUCUUAUUUGUCUGAACUGAUUACAUGGGCUACAGAACAAGCAAUGUUAUUUGCACUACUUGUAAAGAGGCAUGCUUUAGCCGCUUGUGUGGCUGCUGGGGGCUUGAGAGCUGCUGCCGAAUGUAUUCAGAUCUCACUUGGUCAUUCUUCCUUGCUGGAAACUCGUGGUUUGUCACUUUCGUCUGUUCUGAUGAAGCAAUUCAAACCCUCUGUUGAGCAAGCACUGGAGUCCAGUUUGAGGAGAAUUGAAGAGAGUACUGCUGCUUUAGCUGCAGCUGAUGACUGGGUACUCACCUAUCCUCCAUCUGGUAUACGGACGUUUGCUAGAUCAUCUGCUAGUAGUUUGUUGCUCCAACCUAAGCUCUCAAACAGUGGCCAUCGCUUCAGUUCAAUGGUUCAGGAUUUCUUUGAGGAUGUUGGCCCACUGCAUAGCUUGCAGUUAGGUGGUUCUGCAAUGGACGGGCUUCUGAAAAUAUUCAAUUCAUAUGUCAAUCUGCUCAUAAGUGCUCUGCCACACUCACUGGAUGAUGAAGCGAAUUUGGAAGGUUUAGGAAAUAAGAUUGUUCGAGUGGCAGAGACUGAGGAGCAGCAGCUAGCAUUGUUCGCUAAUGCAUCCUUACUAGCUGAAGAGUUGCUACCUAGAGCAGCUAUGAAGUUGUCGUCUGUAAACCAUACUGGUGUGAAUGAUAUUCGUAAAAAAAGUGUAGACAGGCAAAACCGUGUAGCAGAGCAGCGAGAAUGGAAAAAGAAGCUGCAACGUAUUGUGGAUAAACUUAAAGAUAGUUUCUGCAGACAGCACGCCCUUGAUCUUAUAUUCACGGAAGAUGAUGACACCCGUCUGAGUGCAGAAAUGUACAUCAAUAUGGAUAAUACUGUUGAAGAGCCAGAAUGGGUUCCAUCUCUAAUUUUUCAGGAAUUAUAUGCAAAGUUAAACAGGAUGGCGAGCAUUGCUGCAGAUUUGUUUGUUGGUAGGGAAAGGUUUGCUACAUUCCUACUGAUGCGGCUUACAGAAACAGUCAUACUGUGGCUAUCAGAGGACCAGAGCUUUUGGGAAGAGAUUGAAGAGGGGCCAAGGGCUCUGGGUCCCCUUGGACUUCAGCAGUUCUACCUGGAUAUGCAAUUUGUCAUCCUUUCCGGGCGAGGCCGUUUCUUAUCUCGGCACGUACAUCAAGUGAUACUGAAAAUCAUUGAUAGAGCAAUGGCAGCAUUUUCUGCUACAGGGAUGAACCCUGAUAGUGUCCUUCCAAGCGACGAUUGGUUCAUCGACGUUGCUAAUGACACUAUCAGUAGGAUCAGUGGCAACCCUCGAACUGCCAAUGGGGAUAGGGAGGUGAACAGCCCGACAGCCUCCGUUUCAGCGCAAUCUAUAUCGUCGGUCAGAUCCCAUGGCAGCUCCUAGUGUACAUAGUAGCCUUAGUAACCAGGUCUUGUAUAGGAGUGAGUGUGAAAUAGUUUCUCCAUUUCCCUGUUGUAUUCUCUCCUUAGGUCUUGUAUAGGAGUGAGUAUCUCCUAGCUUUGUUCCCCAUCUGGUGUACAUGCCAGUAUAUAGACCUCGUUUGGAUGGGCCUCAAUCCCAGUCCAUCCAUGUGUAUAGGCCAGGAUUCUGAACUAAAAUCCUGGCCCAAACUCAUGGAUGGAAUGGGAUUCUGCAUAUUCCAAAGGCGGCCUUAGGAAAAUAUUUGAAUUGAAUCGGUUGUUCAGAGAUGUGUCUUUGUAAAUUUGGUGAGAAAUGUAUGACCCAGUGUAGUUUGUCUUCUUGGAAACAUACUGUACCAUCUUGAUACGCGUAGACUGACUUUGUGCUGAUUGUUCAUCUGAAAAGAGUAUUGUCUUCCAAA